UCAUUGAAUUUUCAUCUUUCUUGGAGACGAUUCAUCUGUUUCCCUGGAAGCUUGCAAAGCUACUUUCGUGCGUUCUGUCGAAUGGGCAUGUGUUUAGUGAAAUUGUCAUUGUCAAUCUUCGUUCUUCAGUGCAAUGUAUUAUUUCGAUCAGUUGGUUUAACGAGAUUCUAAAAAAAAUUCGUCAAAUUGAUGAAAGUCAGUCGAGCCAGGACGGAAGAGAAUACACGUUUGAAAGAUUUGCUGAUUCGUUAUGCUAUGCUAGAAGCCGUACCAAUCGUGCGUAAUUGGGCUUGCAACAGUGCAGUGCGCUACGAUGUGUCGCUUUGGAACUUGAGAACGAGUCCCGUGACGGUAUUUGAUAUGGAACACGGUACUUACGAUGGUGGUCGUCACGUCAUCGCUCCUCCCUGUCAUUGAAGACUAUUCGAAGGAUACACUAGGAAGAUUGCGUAUUCGGUACGUGAUGCCGGCGGCGCACCUGACGUUGCGCGAGGAAGACGUGGUUCGGCUGACACUCGAAUUCCUUCACAGUCGGGAUCUACACAUCUCCCAAUUGUCCUUGGAGCGGGAAACAGGAGUGAUAAAUGGACAAUACAGCGACGACGUCCUCUUCCUGCGUCAGCUCAUCCUCGACGGGCAGUGGGACGAUGUUCUCGAGUUCAUUCAGCCACUGGAGGCCUUGCCGGACUUUGACAUGCGAAAGUUUACCUACUCGAUACUCAGACACAAAUACGUCGAAUUGCUCUGUAUAAAGUCUGAGGCGAAUGUGAUAGCUGGAGUCCACGGUAGCGUGGACAAUGCCGUUGAGGAGGUCGUUAAAGUUCUCAGCGACCUCGAGAAGGUUGCACCCUCGAAAGAGGAAUACAGCAGCCUCUGCCUUCUGUUGACGCUGCCCCGGUUAACGGAUCACCUUCAGUACAAAGAUUGGAAUCCGAGCAACGCGAGAGUCCAGUGUUUCCGAGAAGUUCAUCCUCUGGUGGAGAAGUUCUUGCCGGGUGAUCGAAAAACCUCGGACCUCUCGAAUCCUGUUACUUCCGCCAAGAACGAUCGACUGAUCCAGCUGAUCAUCAAAGGCAUUCUCUAUGAGUCCUGCGUCAACUACUGCCAGGCUAAAGCGACUGGCUCGAAAGAGAGUGAGCAGGUGGAGAUGAGCUUUUCGAGACUCCUCGAUGGCUCCGUUGGGUUUAGCGAUUCCGAUCUUAGCCUCCUUUCCUGGCUGCAGAGCAUCCCUCCUGACACAUUCGCCGUCCCCUUCGCUCAGAGGACGCUUAACGUCGACGUCGAACGCCUCGAGCGUCCCUCCCUCGAGACCUCAUGGACAGAGCAUAUGCUCAUUACACCGAUAAAGCCAAAAACCUUUCCUCACAGUGCGAUGCCAUUCACAAGGCCCAGGUCCGCUGCCGACAUGAUGUCGAGAAGUCUGGUGCCUGCUUUGGAGGCAGGUCUCGGUCCCAGAAGUCCCGGACUUAAGAAUACCCCCAUCCCAUCAGCCGCGUUAAUGGCGCUCUCGACCGGCGACAUCAAUCCCAUGUCCAGAUCUUCCUUCGCCAGUUUUCAUUUGACUGGCUUCAAGAACAACAAGAUCAUGAAUACGAGUGUCGAUAGACUUUUCGAAAAUGAGGGCGAUGUCUUUCUCAGCUCAAGUUACGCCGAGUUUCAGCAGUUACCGUCGAUACAAGAAGCUACGAAUGCCGCGCAGCCAAAAGCCCCACCUAGGACACGAGGACACUCAAGAAGUCCCGAAGGUGUUAAAGCGGAUCCUUCUACGGCGUCCACACCGGAACGUCGAGUCCCAGGUAGAGAAUCUCCAGCCCCAUCAACUGCUCGAAGUUCCAGAAGGGAUUCCUUGGCGGAAAAGCCUAGUGGUAUCGUCGCUAAAAUUCCAGAGCCUAGCUCGGUUGCUGCUCGAGGAACUAUACCAGGAGAUCGUUUGGAACAGAGCUAUAAUGGCGAUCUAUUCAAGGAGUACCAGAAACAGAAGCAGAGACUACAGGAGACUAUACAGCAAAAGGAGAGGGAACGGGAUGAACUCGUCAGGCAAUUGUCGGCUCCACUUCCUGCACAAUUGCCUGACAAUAGACUUCAGCUUGAUCAGACGGGAAUUAAACAGCCGCCUUUGGGGAGCAAGGGACCAUCGCCUGUUCAUUCGAGCAGCCCAGUUCAUUCAGGAAUUCAGUCGCCGAAAACCACAUUGAACGGAUCGGAUCCCAUCGUACGACAAAACUCAACACCUGCGAAUCUCUACGACGACUCCAGGAGACUUCAAGACGGGCACUACGACGUCAUUAAAUCCAUGAAGCAGGAGCCAAGAUCGGAACUAGACGCGAGUAACGGAAGUAGCAACGGCGGUCGACCCAGAUUCGUUCCGGUUACUGCGCUCGAGGAUGUUCAGGCUGUUCGUUGCGCCGAAUUUCAUCCCCAUGGAAAGUUUUACGCAGUCGGAUCAAAUUCAAAGACGCUGCGAAUAUGCGCCUACCCGAAACUCAGUGACGUUCGGGAGGAUCACCAGACCUACCAACCCACGGUUCUCUUCAAGAGAACAAAACACCACAAGGGUUCGAUUUACUGUCUAGCCUGGACUCCGGAUGGACAACUCAUGGCCACCGGAAGCAACGACAAGACAGUCAAACUGAUGCGAUUCAACGCAUGCACUUCGAACCUUGAAGGCGAUGAUGUGGAUCUGACCAUGCACGAUGGAACUGUGCGCGACCUCUGCUUCCUCGAGGACACCUCGAAUAAGUCGAGCCUCCUGAUCAGCGGAGGUGCCGGCGAUUGCAAGAUCUACGUGACGGACUGCAGGACGUCUACGCCUUUCCAAGCCCUCAGUGGACACAGCGGACACGUUCUCACGCUCUACAAUUGGGGCGGUGCGAUGUUCGUCAGCGGCUCUCAGGAUAAGACCGUCAGAUUUUGGGAUCUCAGGACGAGGGGUUGCGUUAACAUGGUCACACCAGCAACGGUACCUGGCAGCAAGGUCGGGAGCCCUGUAGCAGCCCUUUGCGUGGAUCCUUCCGGAAGGCUCCUGGUCUCGGGUCACGAGGACAGCAGCUGCGUUCUCUUCGACAUUCGCGGUGGUAGGACCGUCCAAUGCUUCAAGCCUCACGCCGCUGACAUCAGAAGUAUUCGCUUUUCUCCAUCCGCUUACUAUCUACUCACCGCCGGCUACGACAACAAACUCGUACUCACGGAUUUGCAAGGUGACUUGACGAUGCCUCUACCAAGCGUCGUUGUUGCUCAGCACCAGGACAAAGUAAUUUCCGGCCGUUGGCAUCCAACAGAGUUCUCAUUCCUGAGCACGUCGGCCGACAAGACGGCGACUCUCUGGGCCUUACCGCCGGUUUAACCAAAGUUUGCGGAAUAUUCGUUCAUCACAAAGUUGUCUUGGCCAAUUGAAAGUGGCUGAGGUUCAGAUCCAGUCCUUUUUUUUUUUAUUGGAAGAACAAUUUUUGUUUAACAUAGACUUGCAUACGUAACCAUGACCAAUUAAACCUUUUAAGUUUUGCCAACGUUCUAACGUAGACUUACGCUGCGCAGUCCGACACACCCGAUGAAACUGAAAGAAUCGUUGCGUUAUUCCAACGAGAAAUAUAAGACUGCCGGUUGAAAAUUUUGCUUAAAAUACUUAACGGCGAUAAAAAUAAUGAUAAUGACUAGAGAAAGGUAAAAUAAGUGUAGGAGGAGGUCCGGGGGGUGGAGGGUGGUCAUAGCUUUUAUGGAGAUUAGCAAGAUGGCUCAUUUCCGUAAACUUGCCGCGAAGACCUCGAAGAACACUCAAAAUUUAACGUACAUAAAAUAUAUUGAUACAAGACGUGAACGGCCAGAUAUUAUCAUUGUUACGUCAAUGCAGUCCUGCAUGAGAUAUGAUAAACUUGAGUUAUUUCUCCCUUUUGUAUGUGUGUCAGUGUAACUCCUGAAUACUGUAUUGUAAAUACGUUAUAUUAGAAUUAAUAUCACUUUUACGAAAAGAAGAGUUAUUCGUGUACAGUCGAUACAAAGGCACAAAUCCCUAACUUUCCAUACUCUCUUGUGUCUUUGUGGCACGUCACUUUUGGUACUGCGUUACGUAACGGUACCGCUACGUUACGUUGCAUCGAAAUUUCUGUAUUGCGUUGAAUUGGCAAGAAUACAUAAGUGGAUGCGUAAGACGACUGCGGGAACGAAUUAUACUUUUUAAGGAUAAUACCAUGAGAAGUAACGUUGCUAAUUAGACGUAAGUGAAAUCGAUGCUUGAACCUUUUCUCGUACACACCCGGUAUAAUUGUGCGCGAUCCACCAUGUCACGGCGAGAAAUCGUUUGUGUGGAUAUUAAGUCUCAAGGAGCCAAUGAUAUUUGAAAUCUGAAGAUCUGCUUGUAUUAAGAAUUUUGUCGUGCCUUCCGUCGGUAGUUGCUCUUUAUGAUUUACGUUUAUUUUUUUAUUUCUACGCUCGGCCGCAUUUACCUCCCUCGAGUCUCCUUUUUUUGCGACCAACUCAUGUGCGGUAGAGAAUAAAUAUAAAAAAGAAAAGUAUAAAAAGUUUUGCUUCUAUCACUUACUACUUUCUUACGUAUGUCUAUUACGAGAGAGAAAAAAAAUUUAUAUGAUAUUAUUAUUGUUAUUGCCGCAUUAAAACUUAGAUCUUUGUACUUUCCCUGUAGAUACAUAUAACACUGCUAGUUUUAAUUUAAACAAUAAAUAUGUCAUUUAAAGAAA